GCAUGCGCACGCCCGGACGGGGCCAACCUGGAGGGGACCGCUAGGCGGAAUCGAAAGGGUAGUUGAGUAGCCAAUAGGUGAAAGUGAAGUAAUUGGCGCAAAGCUCUUCCAGUGAAUUACAGGAGGCGGGGAAAAGGUGGAGGCGUGGUCUCCUCAGGGCUACUGCCCAGAGUUAGGCGCUACGGGACACGCCCCUCUAGCGCCGGCCUCUUUUACUGCAAGACCUUUAACGUCAUGAGUGUUUCUCGCUCUGAGCGGCUUCUACUUCCGGGUCAGAGCUCAGACCUGGUGUGUAGAGAGCCAUCCUCCGGAACAGACAGGAGUAGUCGAAUAGGAUAGCGUCGUCUUUCUUAAAGUGACACUUUUGAAGCAAUUGGGGUCAAGACUACCCAGUGGUGGUGAGGGAGACUCAGCUAUUCUGGUUCCAGUCAGUCCUAGGCAAAUUUAUGAACAACAGCCUCAGGUUUUCUUCCAUUGGGAAAGGGACACGAAGAAGCGGAUUGUUUCCUAGGUGAGGGGUAGUAUUAGCCUUGUGAAAGAGCUUGAGGUGCUGCCAGUUGAGUCUGUCCUCCAGUCUUCCGCUACCCUCACCCCCCCUAGUCCUGCAAAGCAGAGCUUCUUGUUCCUAUUUCAUAUAUGAAAAGAAUGGAACUCAAAGAGAAUGAGUCACACCGUCCCGCGACUUCGUAGCCCAAGCCAGACUCGGCUUGCUGCACUGCCAAGCGCGGUUCUAUAGCCCAUUUUGCUGCUGUGGAUUCAGAUGCAGAAGGCCGGGCUGGUCCCUAUCUGUCUUCGGUCCUGGGCAACGGAGCACCCAGUCUGGGACUUUUCUUCCUAGAUCACGAAGUCUUCGGUGAUGGGGGGGUCUGCAACUACCCUUGCCCUUCUGCGUCUCGGGGCCUGCGUCUCAGGGAACUCCCUAGCCCAGCCACCCGGAGCCUCCGGGAGGGGAGCGGUGCAACCCGCCCGCGUCAUCUGAUGCUGUUUCCUGCAGGAGGGAGAAGAGCGGAAAAAAGUGAAACUCCACCCUCCACCUCUGCCUCCCGCCCCCAGGGCCAAAGUACAAAGGGAGGAGGAAGAAGGGAACGGGGUCGGAGCCGUCUGGGCCAAAGCCACCAAGGCUGGGAAGAGGCAGGUUCGGCCCUACUGGGGACUCUCUGCCCGCUACAUGUAAAGGCCCAGCCGAGUCCAGGCUCUGCCCCUGGCAGGCCCCACCUUACACUUGGAGGGCGCUGGAGCCAACCUCCAAAGAGUACUCCAGGACCGAGGGACUCUUGGGCCCCUACAAGCCAGCCAUGGUGAGGCACCGGAGGCCCCGGGGCCCCACCCCUCCAGCCUGACUACACUGCUCCAGGUGCCCUCUUCCAGAAGCCGGAGAUGCGGGGGGCCGGGAGACAACACUCCUGGCUCCCCAGAGAGGCGUGGGUCUGGGGCUGAGGGCCAGGGCCCGGAUGCCCAGGUUCCGGCAUUAGGGCCUUGGCAGUCAGCGGGGGUGGGGACCACAGGGAGGUCCCCCACACAUUCCAGUGCCAGCUCCUGGCCAUGGAGCCCUUGAAGAACCUCUUCCUCAAGAGUCCUCUUGGAUCAUGGAAUGGCAGUGGCAGUGGGGGCAGCGGGGGUGGUGGCGGAGGCCGGCCAGAGGGGUCCCCGAAGGCAGCGGCAUAUGCCAACCCUGUGUGGACAGCCCUGUUCGACUACGAGCCCAAUGGGCAGGACGAGCUUGCCCUGCGGAAGGGAGACCGUGUGGAAGUGCUGUCCCGGGAUGCAGCCAUCUCAGGAGAUGAGGGCUGGUGGGCAGGCCAGGUGGGUGGCCAGGUAGGCAUCUUUCCAUCCAACUAUGUGUCUCGGGGUGGCGGCCCGCCCCCCUGCGAGGUGGCCAGCUUCCAGGAGCUGCGGCUGGAGGAGGUGAUUGGAAUUGGUGGCUUCGGCAAGGUCUACCGUGGCAGCUGGCGAGGGGAGCUGGUGGCUGUGAAGGCAGCUCGCCAGGAUCCUGAUGAGGACAUCAGUGUGACUGCUGAGAGCGUUCGCCAGGAGGCCCGGCUUUUCGCCAUGCUGGCACAUCCCAACAUCAUUGCCCUCAAGGCUGUGUGCUUGGAGGAGCCGAACCUAUGCCUGGUGAUGGAGUAUGCAGCCGGUGGGCCCCUCAGCCGUGCCCUGGCUGGGCGGCGUGUGCCACCCCAUGUGCUGGUCAACUGGGCCGUGCAGAUUGCCCGUGGGAUGCACUACCUGCACUGUGAGGCCCUGGUACCUGUCAUCCACCGUGACCUCAAGUCCAACAACAUUCUGCUGCUGCAGCCCAUUGAAGGAGAUGACAUGGAACACAAGACCCUGAAGAUCACUGACUUUGGUCUGGCUCGAGAGUGGCAUAAAACCACGCAAAUGAGUGCUGCAGGCACCUAUGCCUGGAUGGCUCCUGAGGUUAUCAAGGCCUCCACCUUCUCUAAGGGCAGCGAUGUCUGGAGCUUUGGGGUGCUGCUGUGGGAACUGCUGACUGGGGAAGUGCCUUACCGUGGUAUCGACUGUCUUGCUGUGGCCUAUGGUGUAGCUGUUAACAAGCUCACACUGCCCAUCCCGUCCACCUGUCCAGAACCCUUCGCACAGCUCAUGGCCGACUGCUGGGCACAGGACCCUCACCGCAGGCCCGACUUCGCCUCCAUCCUGCAGCAGUUGGAGGCGCUAGAGGCGCAGGUCCUGCGGGAAAUGCCGCGGGACUCCUUCCAUUCGAUGCAAGAAGGCUGGAAACGAGAGAUCCAGGGCCUCUUCGAUGAGCUGCGGGCGAAGGAAAAGGAACUACUGAGCCGCGAGGAGGAGCUGACACGAGCGGCGCGCGAGCAGCGAUCACAAGCCGAACAGCUACGGCGGCGCGAGCACCUAUUGGCUCAGUGGGAGCUAGAGGUGUUUGAGCGCGAGCUGACGCUGCUGCUGCAGCAAGUGGACCGCGAACGGCCGCACGUCCGCCGUCGCCGCGGCACCUUCAAGCGCAGCAAGCUCCGGGCGCGUGACGGCGGCGAGCGCAUCAGCAUGCCCCUCGAUUUCAAGCACCGCAUCACCGUGCAGGCCUCACCUGGCCUUGACAGGAGAAGAAACGUCUUUGAGGUUGGGGCUGGGGAUUCGCCGACCUUCCCCCGGUUCCGGGCCAUCCAGUUGGAACCUGCAGAACCUGGACAGGCAUGGGGCCGCCAGUCUCCCCGUCGUCUGGAGGACUCAAGCAAUGGAGAGCGACGAGCUUGCUGGGCCUGGGGUCCCAGUUCUCCCAAACCUGGAGAGGCCCAGAAUGGGAGGAGAAGGUCCCGCAUGGAUGAAGCCGCGUGGUACCUGGAUUCAGAUGACUCUUCCCCCUUAGGAUCUCCUUCCACACCCCCAACACUCAAUGGUAACCCCGCACGGCCCAGCCCAGAGCCCGAAGAGCCGCGGAGGCCGGGACCAGCCGAGCGCGGCAGCAGCUCCGGGACGCCCAAGCUGAUCCAGCGGGCGCUGUUGCGCGGCACCGCCUUGCUCGCCUCCCUAGGCCUCGGCCGAGACCUGCAGCCACCUGGGGGUCUGGGCCGCGAGCGCGGAGAGCCCCCAACAGUGACCCCUAUGCCGGUGACCUCCCCGUGCCCCACAGAGCCUCCUGCCUCCCCGAUCGGCUGCCUCUCUCCCAAGACGCAGGAUGCCCGAGGCCUUUCCACCCCUGGGCCCCUGCUGCUGGACCUGGGUGUCCCCACCGGCCAGCCGUCAGCCAAGAGUGCCCGGCGGGAGGAGACACGUGGAGGCACUGUCUCACCCCCACCAGGAAUAUCACGCUCUGCUCCCGGCACCCCGGGCACUCCACGCUCACCACCCCUGGGCCUCAUCAGCCGACCUCGGCCCUCACCCCUUCGCAGCCGCAUUGACCCGUGGAGCUUCGUGUCAGCUGGACCACGGCCUUCACCCUUGCCCUCACCACAGCCUGCGCCCAGACGGGCACCUUGGACCUUGUUCCCAGAUUCAGAUCCUUUCUGGGACUCCCCACCUGCCAACCCCUUCCGGGGAGGCCCCCAGGACUGCAGGGCGCAGACCAAAGACAUGGGUGCCCAAGCCCCAUGGGCACCAGAGGCCGGCCCUUGAGUGGGCCAGGCCGUCUUCUGUGCCACCUGCCAUGGAGGAGCCGCAGCAUACACUGGAACAGGAGCCAGGCACGCAUCUGGAGCUGCUUGGUUUCCCCCAGAGACUCCGCCCCCUGUUGGGGGUCAGGAACACUACACUGCACAGGAAGCCAUCACACUGGAUGGGGGGCCUGCACCCCCCCCCAAUUUAUGACCUAUAGGUCCCCUUGACUUAUUUGCCCCACUGGGGCCUGACACUGUACCCAGCUGGUUGGGAGGACCAGAGCCUGUCUCAGGGAAUUGCCCCCAGGGUGUAGGGAGGAGGGAGGUGCAGGGGAGGGGCCAGCCUCAGCUGUCACCAGCACUUUUGACCAAGUCCUGCUACUGUGGCCCCUGCCCCAAGGGCUUAGUGCCUGGGCCCCCUGCCCUGGGGGUCAGUGGGGCUGGGGCUCUCUGGGUGCCUUCCUGCUACCCCAGCCAGGGUGGGGGCCCUGGUCUUGGGAUCCAAUGAAGCCAAAUAAACUGGUAAGCUGUCUCUCCAAA